AUGUUACAAGAGGAUAACGAUCCAUCGCACGGUACACAGUCAUUUAACGUCGCGUCGGCAUUAAAACAUGCCCAUUGGAUUACAUGCAUAAAGCAUCCACCACAAUCCCCAGACCUAAACCCGAUUGAAGCACUUUGGGGGAUCCUAAAGCAGAGGGGACGCAAACGGGUAUGGCGAUCGAUUACGGAGCUGAAGCAAGUCCUAAUUGAUGAAUGGGACAAGAUCUCAAUGGAAGAGGUACGCGUUAGGAUCGCAGAGAUGCCGUCUAGAUGUCAAUUACUUGUAGAUAGCAAGGGGGACUUCGUAAAAACUGCGCUGUGGUAA